AAUGUAACCUGGUUUGAAGCAAUUAUUCUUAAGAACUAAUGGCCUUAUCUCAAUAAAGCCAAAAAUCAGAAUUACUGAUAAUUACACACUCUCUCUUGUAUAUUCACCUGGAGUAGGAUACAUUUGUCAAGUCAUUCAAAAGAAUCCAGAUCUAUUAUAUGAUCUUACCAUUACAGGCAAUUCAGUUGCUCUUCUAUCAGAUGGAUCAAGUAUAUGCUUUCACCAUAUAUUAGGAUCUUAAAUCAAGAAGCCUAGUUGGAUGAUUCCUAAUCUUGAAGCCAUCAGUGCCCUAUACAAAGCCUUUUAUGAUAUAGAUGCUUACCCUGUUAUUUUAGAUAAGGAAAUCAUGAAUGGGUCAGAUGAUUAUUUGCUCAUCCUAGAUAAUCUAUCUACAACAUAUAAAGUAUUAUCCUUUUUCUAUUUUUAGACAAUAGUAUUAGUGGAUAUUGAAGAAAAGUUAACUCAAGAAAUUUUGUAGAAAUUGGAAAAUGCUAAAUUAGAUUGUACUGUUGUUAUAAGCAACACUCAUUCUUUAGUUGAAUAAUUAAAAGAUGCUGCUCUUAUUAAGAGUGUUCUUGAUUCUCGUUCUAUUUUGAAACCAACUCAAAUCGAACAAAUUAGACUCAAACUAAAAGACCUAGAUUUCACAUAGUUACCUAGCUACUUAACAGUUACUCUAAGUUCUGCCUAUGCAGUUAGUUUGAAUGAGAUUCAUAAAAAUGGAUUAUUUCAUCAUACUGUAAAAAAUAUAACUCCUUCCUAAUUUGUAUCUAAAUUAAAUGAUUUGUAUUUGUAUGGUGAAAUUGCAUACUACAAUAGAUGGACACCAAAAUAAUUCUUAUAAAAUAAUGAUAUUAAUUAAAAUUCACUGGAAUUACAUAAAAGAUAUAAUGGUGUAAUUACUAUUGCUUUAAAAUUUAAUCCAAGAUCUUUAGAAGAUUUAUAUAGAAUCUAUGAACUCUCUUAUAGAAAUAAUGACAUUUUAGAAAUUCAAAAAUUAUUUGAAGCUGAUCCCAAGAAAAUUCGUGAAGUGACAAUAAAAAAGAAUUAUGCUGCUAUUGUAACAAAUGGAACUGCUAUUCUUGGACUUGGUAACAUUGGACCUUCUGCAGGAUCACCAGUAAUGGAAGGAAAAUCAGUAUUAUUUAAUGCUUUAGGUGGUAUAGAUUUGAUGCCAAUCUGUUUCAAAGAAAGAGACCCUCAUAAAUUAGUAUAAUUAAUAAGAUUGUAAUAAAUAUUAUAUAUAUAUUUAGCAUUGCACCAAUAUUUUCAGCAAUUAAUUUAGAAGAUCUAAGAGCUCCUGAUUGUUUCCCCAUAGAAGAAGAAGCUAUCCAUAGCAUUCAUAUUCCUUUGAUGCAUGAUGAUUAGCAUGGUACUGCUGUUGUCAGUUUAGCUGCACUCAUCAAUUACUUGAAAUUAACCAAAAAAAAUGUAAAAGAUUUGAAAUUAGUCAUUAAUGGAGCAGGGUAUUAUAUAAAAUUAUUUUCUUAGUGCUGCAGGUGUUGCAAUUUGUAAGUUACUUCAUGGUCAUGGUGUAGAGGAUAUUUUAAUUUGUGAUACUGAAGGAGUCAUAUAUGAAGGAAGACCAAAAAAUAUGAAUUCUUUUAAAAAUGAUCUAGCUAAAUUUACAAAUAAAAAUAAAAUAGCUGGUAAACUUGAAGAUGCAGUCAAAGGAAGAGAUUUAUUUGUCGGUGUCUCUAGUGCUGUAUAUCUUAUUAUUGAGAUUUAACUUAGGGAGCAUUAACAUAAGAUAUGGUACGAACAAUGAAUAAGGAUCCAUUUAUUCUAGCAUUAGCAAAUCCUAUUCCAGAAAUAAUGCCAGAUGAAGCUAUUAAAGCAGGAGCAUUUAUUGUUGCUACUGGAAGAUCUGAUUUUAAUAAUUAAGUUAAUAACUCAUUGGCUUUUCCAGGAAUUUUUAGAGGAGCUAUUGAUACAAAAGCCAAAGAGAUCAAUUUAUAAAUGAAGGUAUCUUAUAUUAAUUUAUAUUAAAGAUUGCAGCAGCAUAUGCUAUAGCUAAUAGUAUCAAAGAAAAUGAAUUAUCACCAAUCAGAAUUUUACCUGGAGCUUUAACUGCUGAGAUUCCAGCAAAUGUUGCUAGAGCAGUUGCAAUUGCAGCUAUGGAAAGUGGUGUUGCACAAGUCAAAGUAGAUCCAGAAGAGGUUUUUGAUAAUACAAGAAAAUUAAUUAUGGAAGGUAGUAUACCAACCUUAUGA